CCUACAAUAUGUCCAGCUUGCAAGUAUAAACUUUAAACUUGAAAAUAAAGCAGUUAAUGUUUAUUUUGUGACUUUACAAUCUUCCAGCAUUAAAUAUUACAUUUAUGUUGCUUAAUUAUAACAAGAUUUGCACGUAAAAUACGUCCAAUAUCUUAAUAAAAUACCUACCUAACAAACAGUAGAACUAUUUUUGAGAAUAGUGUUUGUUGUUGACUUUUGUGUAUAAGAUACAAAUUAGUCGCUUUGCCAAUAUGAAUAAAGAAAAUAAUAGGAGUGCUGCUGGAUUGAGACGCUCAGCCAUCGCUGAAAGGUUAAGACUCAGAGAAGAAUGGCUCGCUUUAAAGGGUGUGGAUGAUAACAAUAAGCAAAAUAAAUUCUUGACUAAAAAACCAAUGAACGUGCGGACAAAUAAACAACCACAUACAAGUAAAUUGCUGUCAAAACCAAUAAAAUAUACAAACACAAUAACAAGUGAAGCACUACGCGGAGUGGUUGCGUACGUCGAUGUGGGGGCGGAGUCUCGAGCACUAGCGCUUAGGGCUGCUCUGAUGGCGCUUGGCGCGUCUGUAGUGCCUGCGUGGAGCCCCCUUGUAACGCAUCUUAUUUGGACACAAGGAGGAUGUCGCAAGGUCCGCGCACGGGGCAGAGCCCUAGCCUGCCAGCUGGUGUCUCCACUGUGGGUGGAAGCCUGUGCGGCGGAGGCCCGGCGCUUGCCAGAAAGACUGUUCCCCGCGCCCACUAGGCCUUCGGACUUGCCGUCGCCGGCUACAUUACGGCAAUUGUUGAAAAAAGCCGAACAUGACAACAUACCCCUCGCAGACCUGCUCUCAGACAGUAAAGAUAGUGAUGAAGGAAGACCUGCACGAUUAAGAAUAUCUAGUGAAACUGAAAAUAGCUUAGAAAUUCGCAAAAAGCCAAACAAGCCCAAAGACAAGUCUUGCGAUAAGUCGACGGAUCGGUCGCGAGAUAAAUCGACGGAUCAGUCACGCGAUAUAUCCACGGAUCAAUCGCACGACAAAUCCACGGACCGGUCGCACGAUAAAUCCACGGAUCAGUCGCGCGAUAAGACAAACGCAUCUAUUGAAUCUCCAAAUAAAACUGCUAAUCGCGUAAACACAGCGCCCCGUAGAGCCCUCCCUGUCACACCCACCUCCCCGCCACGGACUAAAUCCAGAAGAAAGUUGUUCACCCACAAGGAAGCUGAACUGAUCACCGAUGAUGAUGAUAAAGAAACUCCAACACCCACUAGACCGAAAGCGACGCAACUCACGCAGCGAGGUAGGCAGGAACUCGCACGCGCUGAGAGAAUCGCGAGGAAGCUGGUGACGUCAUUCAGCAAACAGACACAGAUACAGACACACAGACAAGUGCGGACACAUAAAUUUGUGCCAAGGAUUGUACUAACAGGCAUGUCGAAAUCCGAAAGGCACGAAGCUUGCAAUGCCCUAAGAAAACUCAACGCGAAAAUACAAUCAAAAGUGAACAGAAAAACGACCCAUGUGUUACUUGGUUCUUGUAAAGAAGUUGUUGAAAAUAACCAAGAUGUGUCUAUGUGUAAUCAGUGUAAUAAACCAGAAGAUAUAUUGGAAAAAUUGUUUUCAAAUAUAAACGUUUUGGUCGAAGAUCAUUGUAAUAAUAUAGGUAAUGAAAUAAACGUGCCGACUGGAACUAAAGUGGUUUGCAAGAACAUAAGUGGUGUUAGUGUGUUGUGUAACAGUGAUUUAGUUAUUAAUAAUGUGAGUGCGAAUAAUGGAGAAGGGAACAGUGUUAUGUGUAGCGCUGACACAGUUAAUACUAAGCCAAGGACGGUAAACGCACUGUUAGGAGCGGCGCGUGGUUGCAGAGUAUUGUAUGGACAGUGGGCGCUCGAUUCAGCUAAAGAGGGCAGAUUGUUACCGCACUUUGGUUAUGAAGUGCCGCAUUUGUUGAAGAUUGCACAGAAAGCCCGCGUAGAACGUUCAGCAUUAGGUCGGAUGCGUUCAGAAUACGCGUACGACGUAUUUAGCGGCAUAAAAGUGCGCGUACAACCGAACGCGUUCCAAAAACCCGCCAUAAUUCAACUUUUAACACUCUGUGGCGCGAUAAUUCAAGAUGGCGGCUGUGACGUCACGGUAGGAAUGGCGGAGGGCGAAGUCAGCUCGAAAUGGGUUUUCGAUAGUGUUGCCGCGGGCAGAAUGAGGACAACUCGACGAUAUUUAAAUAAAAAUAUUCCGACCGAGGUUGUUAAUUUGACGCAAGAAAGCGUUUAGAGUUUGACAGUUGAUUUUCAAACGCGCCAUUUUCUUGUCAUUCGUUUUGACAUGUGCCUCAUUCAAUAUGGCCGCUGUGAUGUCGACGCUAGAAAAUAUUUCCGUUUACAUGUAAAAUGAAGUAAUUUAAAUAAAA